ACCACGCACUCCACCCUCUUUAGCCGGUCAUAAGAGGCGGCGGGGACGACAGGCCAACGCGCGGGAGAUCCCGGUGACCAAGUUGGUGAUCUUCCCCUCCUCUGCCUACUCUUCUUCCGCUUCUCUCCCCGUCGCUGGUAUUUGGGAUCCGUCGAAUCGGUUGGGAUCGGCCGAUUCCUUUUUUACUGGCGGAGAAGACAGCCGAUCCCGACCCGCACACAGGAAAGCAUCGUCAAAUCCAUUCUAUCUCGAGAUCGUAGCAUCUUCUUGAAGCAUCUUCGUCUACGCCGGCAAAUGGAGCACCCCGGCACUAUCCGGGCUCCACCGGCCACCCCUAGGAAGAACAAGGAGGACCAGCGCGCGAAGAGGAGCGCAGCCACUAGUAGCCCUCCAGCGCCGGCGAGCUCCUCUCGGUGCACUCGCUCGCAGGCCGCCCCCGACUGGACCACCUACGAAUCGCUGGUGCUCGUGGGCGAGAUCGCCGCCAUGGACGAGGACUGGCUCAAGGCUCUCUCCUCCUACCAGAAGUGGAAGAUGAUCUCCGACAACUGCGUUGCCCUGGACGUCGUUCGAUCCUCUAACCAGUGCAAGCGGCGGUGGGAGUCGCUGCUCGCCGGGUACCGGAGAAUCAGGGAGUGGGAAGCCAGUCACGGGGAGGGCUCCUACUGGGUUUUGGAUGGCGAUAGAAGGCAGCAGCUGGGGCUCCCGACUUGGUUCGACCGGGAGGUCUUUAGCUCCAUGGGCGCGGUUCUUAAGCUGCAGGAGGACUGGGCGGGGCGGGGCGAGGCCGAUCCAGAAUAUGUUGUUGAUGCAGCCGGUGCUUCGGAGGACCUGCUUCUGUCGGCGGAGGCGGAAAUGCUGGAUGUCAAUAAUGCUCAGGGUUCUAAGGAGAACUCAGAGGAUGAGAUUCAGAAGGAUAGAGAAAAGACACGAGACAUGGCAAGUAAGCUGCAGGAGAGUGCUCAGCAAAUUCAUGCCAUACUAAGAGAAGAACUGGAAGAUAAUCUUGAUCUGGAUACUUCUCCAGUGGAUUUGUCAAAGCCCAAUGCUGCAGGGAUAGAGUUUCCUAGGCGCCAAGCUGAUCGGCUGAUCAAAGCUUUUGGGGGGCUUGCUGACACUCUGAAUCAAUUCACUGAACUGAUCAGAUCUUCUGAUUGUGAAAGCAUCAAAGCCAUUGACUCAAUGGCAUUAUGAGACAAUUUUCUCAUAAAGUUUUGCUGCAGCAGGCAAGGCGCCAGCGCAGACUCGCUCUUAUGGUUUUCUUGCUCUCUUAUUAAGAGGUAAUCCACUUGUGCAAGUCUUCAAUCAUUGUAGAUCAAAAUAGCUGAUAGUAUUUAACAAAUUCAUAUGGCCUGUAUUUUUAACUCUUUGUUUUGGUUCCAGUGCAGUAUCCAUUAAAAAAUGAACUCCUCAUCAAGUUCACUUUUGUCAUGAGGAUCUACUGGAAGUCUGAUACUAUACUGCAAUGGGAUUUAUCAGCUUAUCGAAGGUGAUUGACAGUUAUAUGAAUCUCUUCGACACUUCAGUUUAUCAUUAGAAAAAUGACAUGAAUUUAUGUACUUCAAAAAUCUUAUCCUCAUUUGUUAACUCAUCCAACUCUUUGAAGCUGAUGUCUAAAAUCAUUUACAGAAUAUGGAGAGUCUUCUAUAGUGUCAAACUUGUAUCUUUAUAGCUAAUGCUUACUAUGCAGCUUGUAUCUUUUAGUCUCA